ACCUCUCGAUCAAUCUCAAAGAACGUGCCGGUAGAGUUCCAGGAGGCGCACGGGUACGCGGCGCGGGAGAAGGUGGUGCUGCGGAUGCGGGGGAGGUCGUGGACGGUGAGGCUGAAGCACACCAAGGGCAGGCGGCCGCGCCGCGAGCGCGCGGUGCUCCGGUACGGCUGGCACCGGUUCUGCGCCGACAACGGCCUCGCCGUCGGCGACACCUGCUUCUUCCGCGCGCUCCGCUCCGCCGGCUCCGGCGCCGGCGACGUCGACGACGGCGACGGCGACCACGUGCUCAGCGUCACCGUGCACAAGGCCGACGGCGGCGAUCCCCUCGAGUGAUCGAUCAUCCAUCACUUUGCUUCGAUCUCUUCGUUUGUUGCAUGCGCGCUAAUUACGUUUAAAGCAUGUAAUUAGUAAUUAAUAAAGCAUGGUGAUUUGCAUGUAAUUAGGAGGAGUCAUUUUCCAAGGACGGGUGUGCUUGCUCGGAUUGAAGUUUGUGGAUCGGGCCAUUUGCCGAUCGACAGCUGGCUGGUCUGUGCAUAUGAUGUAUCGAUUUUACUCUCUUUCUCGAACAAGGAUUC